AUGGCUGAAUCAGAGCAGCUGGAAAUAGAACUAAAGUCGGUUUCAGCAGACGUAAUGGAAGCGUUGUUGGAUUUUGUUUACACUGGUCAGGUGAAAGUGAGUAUGGAGAACGUUCAAGAAUUGCUUCCAGCAGCAAGUCUUGUUCAAAUGGAAGGUGUCAAAAGCGUCUGCUCAUCCUUUCUUUUCGGUCAAGUAGAGGCUUCAAACGUUCUUGGAAUCAGACGAUUCGCUGAGCUGCACAGUUGUACUGAGUUAGAAGUUUUUGCAAAGAACUAUGCUGCACAUAACUUUGAAAUUGUUUUCGAAUUUGAGGAAUUUCUUCUCAUGAAUGCUGAUGAAUUGAUCGAACUUCUUAGUCGUGAGGAUCUCCAUAUUGAAAGCGAGGAGACAGUCUAUAAUGCCGUGUUUCGAUGGGUGUACUACGAUGAACCGAAUCGAGCCGUCCAUCUCCCGAAUCUUCUCAAUUACGUUCGACUUGCCAUAAUGUCCGUCCGUUUCCUCACUGACGUCGUUGACAAUGAGCGUCUUAUUCGAAAUUCGCUUGAGUGUCGCGAUCUCGUAGACGAAGCCAAGCGUUUCCACCUUCGACCCGAUCUCCGAUCACAGAUGCGUCAACGACGUUUUCAUCAACGUGAUGGAGGUGACGAAUACCUUGUAGUGAUAGGUGGAUUCGGCUCCUAUCAAAGUCCUUCCGAUUCCGUAGAAAUGUUCAAUCCACGUACCAGAGAGUGGAGUGAGUUACCAAAUCUGCCCAUAAGCUACCGUUACGUUGCGGCCUGCUCUUUGGGCACUUGUGUCUAUGUCAUCGGUGGUUUUGAUGGAGGUGAACGUCUUAAUACUGUGGGCCUACUGGAUGUAGCACAGAGGGAGGAUGGCUGGAGAUGGCUUGCCCCCAUGCACUACAAACGAGGUCUCUCCGCUGCUUGCACUCAUAAGGGUUUGAUAUACGUCUGUGGGGGUUUCGAUGGCCAGACAAGACUUAGAGCGCUCGAAGUCUAUCACCCGAAAAUCGAUGAGUGGCGAGUUCUUGAAGAGAUGAAUACUGCAAGGGAAGGGGCUGGUCUAGUUGUUGCGGACGAUACACUCUACUGUCUUGGUGGAUAUGAUGGCUUUCAACUUCUCAAUAGCAUGGAAGCCUUUGAUCUGCGUCGAGGAACGUGGAGUCAGUGCAAACCUAUGUACAUGCGACGGUCAGGAGCCGGUUGUGCUGUGAUUGUCGAUACACUCUACGUUUGCGGUGGUUAUGGUGGUCCAGAGGGCAGAGGCCCUCUUCAUUUAGAUACCGUGGAGGCCUAUAACACACGUCUUGCUCAGUGGACACUAGUUGCCAAUAUGAAUGUGCCUCGGUGCUAUGUUGGAGCCUGCCAACUUGCUGGAAGAGUCUAUGUUGCCGCUGGGUACAACGGAAACCGUCUUCUCAAUACCGUGGAGGCCUUUGAUCCUAUCGAUAACACCUGGACCCUUUACGAAGAGAGUCGAAUGCACAAUGAGCGUUGUGACACAGGAAUGUGCGUGGUUCGGUUUCUCUCCUGUGCGGAGUCCCCUGGUCCCCCUCCUGCCACUCAGCAGUCCUCAAAUCGCAUCCCUCGUAGCUCCAUAGCAACUGCCACCAUAUCAAAUAUUACUGAUGGUGCUGGUGGCAACAGCGUUCCAGCAGCUCAGGUCGUACAAAUCGUGACCCCACUACUUCAAGGAAAUGUAACUAGACCAUCCACCCAAUCAUCGCGACACUCCUCUCCCCAGUCCUUAGCAAAUCGUCAGGCUAUACAGAGUCAAAAUCGACGUGCUCAUCAGAACCAAAGUCUACCUGAGUCGACGGGGGCACCAUCUGGUCCGUUAGCCGGAAGCCAGCAGAGAGUCAUGCCCAUUCAGGAGGCUCAUUGUACUCUUACUGCAGUUAUUCAGAUGGAUGGAAUUGAAACGGAAGAAAACACCGAGGUUGUAUCGAAUGGGGAAGAAGAGGAAACAGAGGAGGAGCAAGAGACAUUUCUAUUUGAUGAUGUAUCGUCUGGUGUUGUAGUUGAAGAGGGAAGAACAUUGCAAAGAACUAGCCAAAUUGUUGGAACUUUCCUCACUCCUGAACCUUUAGCCAUACAAGUUGAGACUGUAUCAACCUUACCACCUAAUGGGACAGGCAGACCUAAUGAUAUUGAUAAUAACUAUCAAAAUCCAGACGGAGCUGCCGAUGACGACACAAGGCAGAGAGGAGGAUUCAUUCUUUUUCGUACCCCAGGUGAUCGAGAAGGAUCGGAGAAUCAGAACGUAGAUCAAGUUGAUUCUGACGAUAACGAUAUUCCUAUUUCAUCUCCGAUUCCUCUCACUGCUCCUCCCCCGGGUCUUGGUCUCAUUCUGGAAGUGGAGAAUGCUGAUCUUCAGCACCGGAGGGUAUUUCUUCGUGGACGAGAAUCUUCAGGCAGCUCUCAGAACGAUGGUGACGACUCCUCUUCUCCAUCUUCCACACUAAGUGCUGAAGGCAAUGAAUUUCAGGCAGGGGAAGAAGAGCCGAAUGGUUCUCCCUCCCUGGAGGAUGAAAGACCAACCUCUCAACCGGGCAGCCUCUUGUGGCUUCAUAGACCCUCUCGAGUCGCCUCUCCAACUAAUCGAGAUUCAAGAUCACCAGGUACCAGCCAAUCUGGUGAUGGUCGUGAAGCUGCAAGAGAAGAAAACUCACGUUCCGAUGGGGAAGGUGAGGAGGGCGAUAGUGAGAUUAUCGUCAUGGCAACUGUUUCUACUUCCAGCCCUGGUGUUGGGGAAUCUUCUGAAAUUAGUCCUUCGUCAUCUAUUUCGCGCGUGGGGUAA